AUGCGUUCGCCCGGUAAGGCCAUGGUGGACGUUUCCAGACGAAAUAACAAUUACAGUCUUCAAUUUAACCGCUGGUUUUUAAUGCCGAUAGGCGCCUGGCCGGAAUUACCCACGAGCUCGGUUACCGAGAGAAUAAUAUUCAAGAUUCUGAGAUUAAUAUGUCACACUUUGAUAGCUCUCACCGUGGUACCCUCCAUACUGUACAUACUCUUCGAGGAGAAAGACGUCCGCCUGAAGUUGAAGGCAGUAGGGCCCACGAGUCACUGGCUCAUGGGUAGCAUCAAUUACUGCUCGCUGUUGUAUCAGAAGAAACAGAUAGGCAGAUCCAUCGACCACAUGGAGACGGACUGGCAAAUGGCCAAGAAGGAGUGCGAUCAGCGAGUGAUGCUGAGGAACGCCAGGGUAGGACGAACCAUCGCGGUUCUCUGCGCGCUUAUCAUGCAGGGUGGUAUUUUCUCGUACAACGUGGCGAGAGGAACGUCGCCGUUACUAGUGGUAAUCGGCAACGAGACGGUCGCAAUAGGCCGCUUACCAUGCCCGUCUUUCAACAAGAUCGUGGAUACCAGGUUCAGUCCGGUGUACGAGGUCGUGCUCGCGCUGCAGUGCCUGUCGGCCAUUGUGGUGAACAACACGACUGUCGGCGCGUGUGGUUUAGCAGCGGUGUUUGCGAUGCACGCCUGCGGCCAGCUCAGUGUAGUGAUGUCGCGGCUCGAAGAACUAGACAGCAAGAAAGAGGAGUGCCACGUCGUUCAGAGGAAAUUGACGAACCUCGUCCAGCGUCACCUGCGAGCGUUGAGGUUUCUCUCGCGCAUGGAGAUAAUUAUGCGACAAGUGUGUCUCGUGGAGUUACUCGGAUGUACGUUCAACUUAUGUAUGCUAGGAUAUUACACCAUUACGGUAUGCUUAAAAACUACGAACACUUUAAUAACGUAUCUCAUUGUAUUAACGUCGAUGAUGUUCAAUAUUUUCAUAUUUUGCUACAUCGGUGAUCUCGUUACGGAGCAGUGUAAGAAAGUCGGUGAGGCAGCUUACAUGACAAAUUGGUAUAAAUUGCCACGUAAAACUGUGCUUGGUCUGAUAUUAAUAAUUUUGCGGUCGAGCAUUGUUAUUAAAAUUACUGCUGGAAAAAUAUUUCACAUGUCGAUCCCAACUUUUGGUGAUGUAAUUAAAACAUCUGUGGCAUACUUGAAUAUGCUUAGAACUCUGACUAUAUAA